AUGGCGGCCUUUAAUUUCUACUUCGCCAGCUGCGUGCUGCUGCUGACCCUGAGCUGGCGCACAUCCAGCGGAGUCCCGGUGCGCACUUUGGACACGGAGAAGUGCGAAAGCUGCUCGCUGCUCUUCAAAAGCCUCCUGAAGAACAUCAGGGAGCUCCUCGACAACGAUGUCUUGUGUUUUGGCAUCGCCUCUGAUAAAGUGGUGUUGGGGAGCAGAGCUGAGACGGUGGCGGCCUGCACACCCACCCUGACUCAGAACUCAGGCUGCAUGAUGCAAAGAAAUUCACCCUUCAGUGAGAGUGAAUGUCUGAGGAACAUCAUGGAGGACGUGGCCCACUACGCUGCUGCUUUUCAGUCUUACCUCAACUCCACCCUGAGAAGUCCUGAGGAAGAGGUUGCACUUCUGAGCCCAACUCUGGGAAUAAUCCAGAGCCUGAGGAAGAACUGCUCCCUGAUGCCAAAUGCAGAGAAUGACUCUGCAGAGAAGGACGCUGCCCAGAUGUGGGGAACCAACACCUUCAGCAACAGGCAGGAGAUGUGUAAGAUGUUGAGGGGCUUCUACGUCCGCACCAUCACCAUCAACCGAGCCAUGGGCUACAUCUCCUCAGGAGACCACAGGAAGUAAACGUCCUUCAACCUCGUCAUCAUCAUCAUCACCAUCACCAUCAUUCCAAUUAAUACCGCAAUCUCUCUCAACCCCUUUAAUUGAUCACAACUGAACAAGCUUCCAUAAUCAUUCACUACCAUCGUUUACACUACUGACCGAGUAGUGCUUUACACUGCACAUGCUGCACGACUGUCGGCAUGAUUUCUGCUCAGGCAUAAGCUAGCUGGCCAGACUCCAGCCUCUUCACUCAGUGAGAGCUGAGCAGCAAACCAUUGUGAGGUUAGCAGUGGAGGCCAUGUUGGCCCAUUUAAAUAUAUGAAUGUACUUAAUUAU